AUGGCUAAUAAUAAUUACCCGUUUAUAUAUUUUGUUAAAAAAUAUCCUAUAUUAUUUGAAAACAGUGAUAUACCCGAAUUGUGGCAACCUCUUCUGGCUAGUGUUUUCAACAACAAAUUAAAGUGUUUAGAAACCGUCGCUUUACAUUUAACAGAAGAUCCAGAAUGGUAUCCAUCAAGUGACAAAAUGUGGAAUUUUACGACCUUUUGCUGUCCUCAAUGUGUUAAAGUUAUUAUAGUUGGUCAAGAUCCAAGUUUGGGGGCCACUGGUUUGGCAUUCAGUAAUAGCGAAACUGUUUAUGAUUCUACAAGAAAUAUAUUAAUAGAAGUUAAAAGCGAUAUAGGUGAAGAAAAGCUUAGACCAUUUUCAGAAGAUUGUGGAAAUCUAGAAUAUUGGGCUAGGCAAGGCGUACUUCUUCUAAAUUCAGCUCUCACAAAACGAGUUGGUGGCGACUGUCAUCUUUCUAUAGGUUGGCAGAAUAUUACUAGAGAAUUGACUAGACAACUACAAGAUAAAAACAAGAAUUUGGUAUUUAUGUUUUGGGGACUGUACGCUAGAAACUUAAGUGAAGAUGUGAAGAAAGUUUUUGCGAAUUCUUCAUGCAACAUUCUAAUUGCAGGACAUCCUUCUCCUAGAAACGAAAAGAACGAUUUUUUCGGAUGCCAACAUUUUUCACUAGCUAAUAAAUGGUUAAAAGAACAUAAUAUUGAUGAAAUAGAUUGGUGCCCUGUUCCUUCUUUUUUAAAUCAAUGUUUGCACUUACGUUGUGAUUUUGGUUUUGACCAAUAUUUCUUACUCGAUAACUUCUAA